CACGGGGGUGAAGAAGGGAGAGUGACUGAAGGCUAUCAGGCAGAUGGGAUGGUGGAAAAAGGUAAGUGGUUCGCUCGUAGGGGUAUAUGACCACCUUAAUCACGAGGGCUGCGGGCCAAACUAUUCGUGGUGCAGAAGUGAGGUUGUCGGGGAAAACCGAAUCUGGGCUCGAAGAUGGGCCCGGUGCCUUUGGAAAAGAGGUUUGCGCUCCCUCUCGGCAGCUCCGUGGGGCACUACCGUGGAGUAGAUACACGACAUCUCCUGGUUAUGUAGCAGUUGAGGAGGAGGAGGAGGAGGAGGAGGAGGAUGAAAAAGAAGAAGAUGAGGAGUUGGAGGAGGAGGAGGAGGAGGAGGAGGAGGAGGAGGAGGAGGAGGAAGAGGAAGGAGUAGAAGAGGAGGAGGAGGAAGAAGAGGAAGAAGAAGUAGAAGAAAAGGAGGAGGAGGAAGAGGAAGAGGAAGAGGCGGACGAUAAGGAGGAUGAAGAAGAAGAUGAGGAGGUGGAGGAGAAGAGCGAGGAAGAGGAGGAGGAGGCCGAAAGCUCACCUCGUUGCAGCCGCAACAGGACGCUCCUGGCGAAGGCUCCAACGACGGCGGCGAUGGCUCCAACAGCACAACAACUGGGUAGUGGGGAAACAGAGGCAGCACGCCGUCAGCGCCGACAGCCCCAGCACACCGAUGGCAGGUGGGGACGAGCAGCAGGCACCACGUGACGGGGCAGCGCUGCAGCGGCCUACUGCUUCGGAUGAGCGCCGCACUAC